CGCGCAGCAGCAGCCGACACUGUAAGCUCCUCAGACUGAGCGCAGUUCGCUGGAUUUGCCGUUCAAACACAGCUCAAACCUCACUCGCAGGGGGCGUUUGUCAUUUUAAACUUUGCCAAAUAAGGACGUGAAACAGCACGCCGGAAUAGUAAGCGCUUCCCCGCCGUCAAGGGAGCAGAAGAGGGCUGAAAGUGAAGCUAACGCUGGUUAGCAGGCUGCGGCUAGCCUCGCCAACGCAAUGGCUUAUCGGUGUACCCCAGAUGAUGUAAGGCACUUCUGCCUGUAGAGACCAAUAUGACUGAAAUCCAGGCCACAGUGGAGUUCUCUGUGGAGCUCCACAAGUUCUACAAUGUGGACCUGUUCCAACGAGGAUUUUACCAGAUGCGUGCCAGUCUUAAGGUGCCACCUCGUGUUCCACACAAAGUUGAGGCCAGUCUGCUUCAUCCUGCAGGCUCUGAUCUGGCGUUUCCUGCUUCAGUCCAAGAUGAUGUCAUCUGCAGCAAAACCUUUCAAAUCCUGUAUAAGAAUGAAGAAGUUGUGAUCAAUGAUGUCCUUCUCUUCAAAGUGACAAUGCUGCUGGAUGAGAAGAAGGUGGAAGAGUCUCUUAAUGACAUGGAUUUCCAGCUCUUCUUGGAUUUGUAUUUCACAGAUGGCGAUUACACGCCAGAUGAUCCAAGCUCUCUACAGAACAUAAGUGGCCGCACACUUCGUUUGCACUUUAGCCUUCAACGAGGCAUCCACCAACACAUCAAUGUCAUGUUUGACUAUUUCCACCUGUCUGUCAUCUCUGUUGCCAUCCAUGCCUCCCUUGUUGCACUACAUCAGCCCCUUAUCAGUUUUCCUCGACCUGUGAAAUCCACAUGGCUUAACCGCAAUGCUCCAGCACAGAGCAAAGACUCGGUCAUUCCACCUCUGGAGAAUGUUGUGUUUGGAAACACUUAUGUAAAGCAGGUUUCACCAGAUGGCAGGACAUUCCUGGUAUCAGACCAUUGUCUGCAGCAUGCCUUCACUAUGCACCACAGUCUGUGCUCCAAUAUCUUACUAGCCUACCAGGGCCUCUUUGGCUAUUUCACUACUAUCACCAAGGACCUGCCCUCCUCCCAUCGUAUGGAACUAGCCAAGCCGAGCAUGCAAGUCCUAUAUGAGAGAGUACUCAGAAGACCCUAUCCACGAGGUCAAAGGCACGUCUACAUAGAACAACUCGACCUGGAGGCCCGUCUAACUGAGCUUUGCGAACAAGUCAAGCAAAAAGCUGAGUCUCCCGAUGAGCUGGCAGAGAUAGUAAAUAUGAACCUGGCUCAGCUCUGCUCUCUGCUCAUGGCUCUGUGGGGACAGUUCAUAGAGGUCGUGUCUCUGCAGGAACAUGUUGCAGCCCUACUAGCUAUGGAGCACCAUACACUAAGAGUUAGGCGGUUUGCUGAGGCUUUCUUUUGUCUUGAACAUCCCAGACAAUCUGCACUGGCAUAUCAGGAGCUGCAUGCUCACAGUCACCAGCAGAUGACUAAUGCUAUCAAAAGCUCCAGCUACUUCUUAUCUUUGCCUGCACUUCCAGUGGAAUGUGCAGACCUUGAUGGUGAUAUUAGUUCCCUGCCGAUCAUCUUUGAGGACAGAUACCUAGAUUCUAUCACAGAAGACCGUGAUGGACCUUGGUUGGGCAUUCACAGUACAAAGACCGGGGCUGCAUCCGGUAAAACGGACAAGUCCAAUGCAAAGGACAACGCCGCAGGAGGAAGUGUCUUACCUGAGUCAAGUUGUACCCCCAUAGACAACACCUGGGCAGAGAACUAUGAUCCACCACCUAAGUCCAAAGGCAAGUCAGUAAAACUGAAGAAAAAUUCAAAGACUGAGAACUCCAAGAAGUUGAUAAGACAGGGCUCUAAAGACUCUGUGGUUUUAGUUGGUUAUAAGAACCUUAAAGCUCCUUAUGGCAACAAGUACAAGCAAGAGGGGGCCCCACUUAACCAAGAAGAGGCACAAGAUUCCUUGCGGCGGGUUUCAAGUAGUUCUUUACGGAGAAAUUCUAGUUCUCGGCUCGAUUCUGUUGCCACAUCGGCAUGUUCUGGAAACCGCAUGGAUGAUACUGUUUUAGGUGAAAGUUUAAACAGCGCUGCUUCUCAUAAAGCUUUUUGCAAAAAUCCCUUUACUCUGAACAUGCACAGUAAUCCUCAGGCAGGUACUGGGGCUAUUGCGACAUGCCAACAAACUCAAAAAGACGACACGGUUGACAUCUCUGGCCAAAAGCUGCCACAGCAGUUUCCUGGACUGAAUCCCGGUGAACUGAAACCAGGUACUAAGGACCCAUCCCAAGGUGAUAAAGUUACAAUCCUCCCACCAUGUCAGACUGAUGCAAAUCUCAGCAUCAGUAUUCCUGAGACCAGCCAGACAGAUCUUUGUGCCUCCCAACAGUCUGCAGGGGAAUCUGUAUUUGAAAGGCCAAGUAAGGAGGCACCGGUAAAGGUGAAAAGUGAUUGUAUCAAGUUGCCAGAUGGAGGAGCAGCCAGUGCCUCAUCUCGCCUCUCCGACUCGGGCAUCGAGAGUGAGCCCAGCUCCUUUGCCACUCAGCUUGUUCUUGGACCACAUGCCUGUGCGGGACCAGGCUCCACUGAAUCAGUUAUCACUGCUCUGCAGCCGGAGAAAACCCCCCAGUCUCUGGCUCCACGGCCGGCUCAGCAAAGCACAGGGCAGAAGCCCAGUGGCACAGGAGAAGUUCUCUACCCAGAAAGUACAAGUGGCAUCAGUGGAGUCCAGUCCUCUCUCACUUCCAUCAACUCCCUGCCCUCAGAUGAUGAGGGCGAAGGUUCCUCUAGGGCCUCCAGCAAAGCGGACGUCCGAGGCAGGAAAUCCAGCAUUUUGGUACAAGAGCAGAGUGUAGUUUUCUCUGGAGAGGUAACAAAAAUACCUAAUGUGGCCUGCAACCCCGACAGUGUUGCAGACGAUGCUCAACUCAGAAAACACGCCGUUGACUCGGAAACAGACUCUAAACUUACAGGCACUUGUGAAUUAGGAGGAGAGGAGGCAGGUGGCCCUGGGAGCGUGAAAGAAGCCCGUAGUGAACCUCAUACCGCCUGCCCCUCCAGCAACUCUGCUACUAGUAGCACUGACCUAGUAAAACAUGGGAUGGUAGAGAACUAUUUUGGCUCCUGCUCUAGUACGGAUGCAUCUGAGAUCAGCCCUGUAGAAACAUCUGCUAUAACACUGGGGAUCCAGACAGGUCCACAGGUCGAGGAGGAGGAGGAAGAAGAGGCUGAACAUGAAAUGAUAGAGAAUGGCUACUACGAGGAAGGUGAAGCCUAUAACUUUGUGAACGGCGUUGCUGAUGAUGAGCCAGCUGCAGCUGCAGAGGCAGCUUCUCUAGAGACGAGUCUCCUGUUUGAACAGCUUGAUAUUGGAUAUCUUCACGAGACAAAGGAUUUAUCAACAGCUCCUAUAUGCUCCAACCUAGCCUCCAGCAUGGUUGGUUAUAGUUUGGGUAGACCUCCCUUUUCCUCCGCCUCCUUGUCUUCCAGCUUGCAUUGGUACGAAUGCGCACCCACGCCACAGAUGAAAGCGUUUAUCAAGGCCAAGGAAGAAAUGAAGCAGCUCAGGCUCCCUGGGUUCUUGUACAGUGAAGUUCCUGAGCUGGCAUCCACUGUGCCCUAUUUCAGCUUAGAGGAGGAUGAAAGCUGUGAAGAAGGCAUUCAUCUCAUAGUCUGUGUCCACGGCCUGGAUGGCAACAGUGCAGACCUUAGAUUGGUGAAGACUUACCUGGAACUUGGAUUACCCGGUGCUCGGAUAGACUUCCUAAUGUCUGAGAGGAAUCAAAAUGACACCUUUGCUGACUUUGAGUCAAUGACAGACCGACUGCUGGAUGAAAUAGUACAGUACAUUCAGAUAUACAGCCUGACCGUGUCAAAAAUAAGCUUUGUGGGUCAUUCCCUGGGGAACCUCAUAGUUCGCUCAGUGCUGACGAGACCCAGAUUUAAAUGCUACCUGAGCAAGUUGCACACGUUCCUUUCCCUCUCUGGACCUCACUUGGGCACGUUGUACAACAGCUCUGCUCUGGUCAACACAGGCCUUUGGUUCAUGCAGAAGUGGAAAAAAUCAGGGUCUCUUCUGCAGCUGACGUGCCGUGAUCAUUCUGACCCUCGCCAGACUUUCUUGUACAAACUCAGCAAGAAAUCCGGCCUGCAGUAUUUCAGGAAUGUGGUGCUAGUGGGGUCACUGCAGGAUCGCUACGUUCCCUAUCAUUCUGCUCGAGUGGAAAUGUGCAAAACCGCAUUAAAGGACAAACAAACAGGGCCUGUGUAUGCUGAGAUGAUUGAGAAUCUGCUGCUGCCAGUACUUCAGAACAAAGACUGUAAUCUAGUACGGUAUGAUGUCAUCCACGCCCUGCCCAAUACGGCCAACUCCCUUAUUGGCCGGGCUGCUCACAUUGCCGUCCUUGAUUCUGAGAUCUUCCUGGAGAAGUUCUUCCUCGUUGCAGGCCUCAAGUUCUUUCAGUAGAGUUGCGUCACAAUCAGACACUUGGCUGGACAAGAGGAAUGUGGCGCCAAUACCUCACUGCAGUUAAAACGUUGUUAUUGAUUGGUGGUAUCUAGGCUCUUCUUUUAUUGAUACACUUAAGUACUUUUAAACGCAUUUGAACAAAUCAUUAUUUUUCCCAUGUUUAUAUGGAACUCAUGGUGGAUUUGGAGUUCACUUUUAUUUUUCUACAAUGAUUUUUUUUUUUCCACUUUGUGUUUGAGAAACAGUUUCCCCCAUCAUAUGCUAUAAUUUUAGAAUUAUUUAUGUGUUCUUCUCUUAUUUUAAACUAUUUUACUCCAGGUUGUUCAACACAUGUUUUGAUGCUGAACUGGAACUAUAGCUGCUACAAAAAUGAAAUGGUUGUUUUUAGUGAGCUCGCCAAGUCAAGUCUGCACCUACUGACCUUCCUGUUACAAAUGUUUUUCCACCAGUUUUCAGAGACACUGCAUUAAUUUGCACGACAACUACAUUUUACAAGGUUUUUGUACUGAUGCGAUCAUUUCUACGAGUUACUUUUUUAUCGGCGAUUUUCCAUCAUUUUUAAAGAAAAAGACUACAUUUGAAAUAGGAUUGUUGCUCAGAUUUUGCAGUUGUGGCUUUGAUGUUAAUACUUUAUUGCAUUGCAGUAUUGUGCACAUUUACCCAGCCUGGUGUUGGGAGAGAAAAGUUUUGGCUAUGACAUAAUGACAUUUUAUUACAGGGGUUCAAAGGAAUAAUCAUUAUUUAGCAAAAGCACAUGUUCGUUAUAUUGAAAUUGUCUUGUUGAAAGUGAUGAGUUGAUAAUUUUGUGAUUUAUGUUUAAACUGGAAAGUAUUGGUUGGAAUUGAUAAAUGUUUCUUGAACAGUUGUUUAUAUAUGAUCAUAGUCUACCAUUAAACAUGCAUCUUAUAAAGUUAUCUGACUUUUCUUUCUUGUGUCUGUUUUGAAGUUUUUAAG